UUUAACCUAACUUUUUAUUUUUAGUGAGACAUCUUUAGUGUUAUUUCUCAAAACUGUUUAUUUUUUCUUUUAGACUUUAUUUAAAUAUUGUGCUUGACAAGCCGAUAAUUUAUUAUAACUGAUUUUAUAAUGAGUAAGCGGGGGAAAGUCAACAAAAACAGUGCAUAUUCAAGUAAAAAGAAAGACAACAGAUCCAAAAAGCAUACACAUGAGAAAAGAAGUUUUUCCAAUGACGAAGAUUUAAGUGAUGUGUGCCAUAAAUUGAAAUUAACAGAAGAUGAUGAAGGAAGUGGUGCCACUGCCCUACCAUUUCCAGUCGCAAUGUGGGACAUGGAGCAUUGCGACCCAAAAAAAUGUUCAGGAAGAAAAUUAGUUCGUCAGAAACUAGUCAAGGUACUUCGGCUGGGCCAGCGGUUUUCAGGAAUUGUUCUUACGCCAGUUGGUGAAAAGUGUGUGUCACCUGCUGACCAUGACAUUGUAAAACUCCACGGAGCCGCGGUCGUCGACUGUUCCUGGGCCAGGAUAGAAGAGACGCCCUUCGGCAGGAUGAGGACACCUCACCCUCGUCUGCUGCCAUUCCUGGUCGCUGCCAACCCGAUCAACUACGGCAAGCCUUGCCAACUAUCCUGCGUUGAAGCUUUAGCUGCUACCUUCUACAUCACCAACUUCAAGGACCUAGCCAAGCAGUAUCUCGACAAGUUUAAAUGGGGAGCCUCGUUUUUGAGUCUAAACGAGGAGCUUUUGGAGAAGUAUGCUGCUUGUACCACAAGUGCUGAGGUAGUAGCUGCUCAGAAUGAGUUUUUGGCAACAGCUCAACAGGAAAGGUUAAACAGGCUAGACCAAAGAAGCGACUAUCCAUCUUCAAGUGAGGAUGAAAGUGAAAGUGACGGAUCUGCAGAUGAUGAAAGUGACAAACAACAAGCAGAAAACCAUACAACAGAUGAGGAUACCUCGGAUGAGGAUGUUGCAGAACAAACAAAACAAUGUGAUAAUUUAAAUACAUGAUGUAACUGUAGUAUAGAAAAUAAAUAAUUUA